GACGGAGAUUUGAUUGGUCAUGUUUUUGAAUACUAACUACUACUAGUAGUAAUAACGUUUUUGGGGCACACCCAAGGGAAGCGCCACACUAGGUACAGUGCAAUCCCAAAUACGACGAAUAAAUAGGACAAGCGUUCGCUGUAGGGCGAUGCCGACGGCGGAGGUCGAUCACCGGCGCGGCAGAGUGGGGGUGCUAGUGGGCCGCAGCUGGCCAACAGCCAGACGACCGGGGCCCACGGGCUCGACUGCGACGUACUGCAGAUCCUCGCCGACCAUGAUGUCGCCUUCGACCUUUUCGAGCUUGAUGCCAGCGAACACGUGGUUGGGAAUGACGCACACGCAUUUGUCCAGCGUGGGGUACGCGUGAUGGACAAGUGCAAGAAAGAGCGUUGUUUUGCUACCGCAGUUGCCGCGGAGGUCAGUGAGCACCGCCAACGGCCGUCGAUAGCCUCCAUCGGCGCGUUCAUAUGGCAGGCUCUGCACAAACGCAAGCGCGAGGGCAGCAAAAUUUCGUGGCGUGUGCGUCGACGGCAACGCGUGCCGCAGCGCCGCGACUACAGAGGUCACCAUGGGUGCGUAGUGCUUGAAGAGUCGGUCGUAGUCGGGCGCGAUCGAGUCCUUCUUCCGUUCAAAGUAGAAUCGCUCGUCCAGGAACCCGCGCUUGCACUCCUUGGCGGCGUCCCACGCAAGUUUGUUGGCUUCCGCAACCAAUUCCUUCACAGUGCCCUUGACGACAAUGUUGAAAAUGGGAUGGGGACCGCUGCUUCGUACAACACUUGUGGAUACGUCGACCUCUGGCGGAUGCACCAGCGCUUGGACAGCCGCUGCUUGAGCCGCAAGCAUUUCCUCCACGGGGAAUUGCAACGGCAUCUCGUGAUCUGACGCGACGUGUGCUCGCGGCAACUGAAACGACAUGGGGAUAAGAGUUGUCAGAUCGUCGCCUAGAAACGUCCCGGUGACAAUGACCACGUCGUCGCGCGUGUCGACGACAAAGGUCCCGCUUGUCUCGUUCGUAAGGAUCGCGUCCAGAGGGGGAAUCCACGAAGUUGGCGAGUUGGACUUUGUCGGUUUCUUGCGAGCGCGCUUGGAUUUUGACGAAGACGCGGUGGUCCCUCGGUUGGCAGACUCAAGGCGGGGCAUAGACGACCUGGACUGGGAUCGUCGGAGCCCUUGACCCACUUGGGGUAAGUUCGGCUCGCCCGUCUCGAUGGAUGCAUACUCGUCUUGAACGUGCCGCAUGGCAUCCAAUGCACCCGCCAUGCUUGCUUUGUUCCGUGGCAUCGACGGCAACGAAGCAUAACGACACGACUCCAUCGUGUGAUGAGUUGGCCAAUUCCAAACU